UUCGCGCGAGUUUUGUAUAAAGCCUGCCGUGACAGAGUCUGCUGGAAAAGGCGUGUCCAUCGCAAGCAAAAACUCUUUCAAUAAUUGGAACUGGCAGAAUUCCGUGAUAUUCGCUGCCACUGUAAUAACAACAAUAGGUUAUGGCAAUGUGGCCCCUAAAACAGUGGGGGGUCGGGUGUUCUGUAUCCUGUAUGGACUGUGUGGCAUUCCCCUCUGCCUCACAUGGAUCAGUGAGGUUGGCACGUUCUUCAGCGGUCGCACCAAACGCAUCAGCCAGGUGCUGUUACGGAGAGGCCUUACACCAAGAAAAGUCCAAUGUACCUGCAUUGCCCUGUUCUUAUUAUGGGGUUUGAUAUUCCACCUGGUCAUCCCUCCAUUUGUGUUUAUGGACAUUGAGGGAUGGUCUUAUCUGGAGGGAUUUCACUUCUGCUUCACCACUCUCACCACAGUGGGCUUCGGGGACUUUGUUGCAGGUGUGGACCCAGACAUCGAAUACCCAACUCUGUACCGGUUUAUUGUGGAGGUUUGGAUCUUCAUGGGACUGGCCUGGCUGUCCUUGUUCUUCAGCUGGAAUGUCUACAUGGUGGUGGAGGCCCACAAGGUGUUUAAGAAGCGCCGGUACCAGCGGCGGCACCGAUUCUCCCUCGAGGAGCGCCGACAGCACGAGGAGACUCAGGUGUCGGUCCACUCGCAUGGCGCGGCCGAGCCGAAGCCCAGUGUCAUUGACAUCUUCAACUACCUGACAGUGCGGGAGGAGGACUAUGGUGCCAUCAUCAAGCAGAUUGGCUCCGAGCCCAAUACGGAGAGGAAGAAAAAGAAGAAGAAGGUGACCAUCCAGGAGGUGACCAUCCAGGACGUGCCACGCUCCAAGAGCUGCAACGACAUCCUCAACGACAUGGGCGUCAUCAUGACGCUCGAGCACUCGCCCCGUCUCAAGCGGCGCUUCAGCAUCAGCGACAACAUCUUCUCCAUCGUCUCCAUGGCCAAAGGGUCAAUAGUGCCCGACACAGAGCACGACGAGAAGCAGGUUCUCCUGGAGGACUCAGGUGAAGACCAGAGCCCAGAGGGAAACUCCCCAGAGAGCAGCUCACCGCAGCAGGAGGACAUUGUUAAACGCUGGUGCUCGUGGGACAGCACAGAACCCAACCCAACAUCAACACAGAGCCAAAAUGGCACGGCAGAACAGGAAGUGAAGACAAAUAAAGAGGAAGUGGAGGAUGGCAGUGAGAACAGGUUCACUGUGAGUAAAGUGGCAGAAGAUGCUCUUAAAGAAGAGGAGGAGGAGGAGGGUGAAGGAUGACAUUGAAGUAGGCUGAACACCUCUGUGUUUAAAACUCUGGUAUAUUUCCAGCGGGUUGCUUUUGCUGUGCACAUUCACAUUAGCAGCUAUAGAAGCUUUAUACAGCAAAUAUUACAGCGCUCAGAUUCUGAACAUUUCUUGGAAGACUUUUGUUAUGCGCUGGUCCAGAUAACUAGAUCGUGUAACUGUUAUAUCAUCCCAUAAAUUUGUGGCCUGAAAAAUACCAAUAAUGACAUACUCCUGCCAUUUGGUAGUGAAAGAUCUGAUUUGUGUGACAACAGAUAUUUAAGCCCCAACUUCAUAACUGAAUUAGAAUCACAAGUUUUGAGUUUGAUGGAGUUCUUGCUCUAGUGGUGCCAAGGACUGCAUAUGCUUAAGCUGCUAUGUUUCAGUUUACAAGAGCGUCUUGGUUGUUCUUGUCUCACAAAAUAUUGUUUUUUCGGGUUUUCAGGUAGUGGGAGUGAAUCAGGUAUGAGCCCAGAAACACCAUGAGCAUUUUGAGCUAAUGUUAUUUUCAGACAUAAGAAUUGUUUCUUUCACACACAUUCACAAGUUAUCAGUUAAUGAAGUGAUCUGAAGUCACUGUCAACAUACUUUUAGCAAGGGUGACCUUUGCAACCAAAUAUUCUUGGUUGAGAGCCUAUGGUUAGCUUGGCAGAUUCUUGUCUGAAUGAAACUUCUUGUAAACAUUGGAACUGUUGCCAAGUAUAGUCAGGACCAGAUUUCAGGAUUCUGUAACCCUGUAGGCAUUUUUGAGGAAAAGUUGUUAUACAGCAUUUUUAGAUAGUUCAAAUUGUCCUUAAUACAAAUCCACCAUAUAACAUUUAUUUAGGUCCCCAGUUUCUCGGAAUUUUCAUUCAAAAAUAGAUGCCUUGCACUCAGGUGAGAAAAAUACUGGUAGAUAGGGUAACAUUUUAAACUUUUAUGUAUCACCACAAAACUUUCCCAUUUUGUCACUUACAUUAAGACAAGUAUUUUUUGUAUUACAAGUUUUCUGAAAUGUAAUGUUUAAAUAUGCAAAUGAGGCUUAAUCUACUGAAAUAUGCGCUAAUAUGCAUACAUUUCCAAAUUUGACAUGUACACAUUGGAUGAAGCCAUUUGAGGGUAAAAGUUGUUAUACAUGAUAUUUUGAAGGUUCAAUGUCUCCUGAAUAUAAAUCCACUAUAUAACAUAUUCAUUAGGGUACCGGUUCUUAAUAUUUUGUACUGAAACAAUAUGCGUCUCAGACACUUUCAAACACCACCGUAUGGAGGUAGUGACAUGAGUUGAGGAACAAGUGAACUUUUCUUCCAUUUUCCAUCCCAUGAUCUCAGGGGGUGGCAGAAUUGGCUGCUGCAUGUGGGCCUGCCGCCAAACCAAAGCCUGGGAGUGAGAACGCUGAAUGUGGAAGUAGAGAGAAUUUCUGGUUGGUGGCAGUCUUUCUAUUGUCAUGCCCUUCACAAACAUGCUUACUUGAACGUCGUUGAUGUUGUCAACAUUCAUUGCUCCAUACAGUUUGCAGAAAAAACGUUCUACAUUCUGAAUGGUGAGUUCACUAAGAUCAGGACCUUCACCAAGCCCCUUUAACAGAUGAUGAUGCUGUACAAAUACAUCCCAACAUGACUUUUUUGUGCGUCCAGCAAUGUACGAAGUCACUAACAGUCAAGCGCAUGAAAACCUGGAAGCAGAUCGAGGACCUGUGGUUCCAUCUGCAAAUGUUCCAUUAUGGCAUGAAGUGGAAUGUACUUUCUGUCCUUUGCUGUACCUGUCUUCAUCCAGAUCAUGUGGAAAUGGGCAAUCAGCAGUACCAAGAUGUCGGUGUCUCUCGCUGAGACAACAAUAUUUGAUGCGUUGCUUCUAAUGCAGUGAAGAACAAUUCUUGUGUGUGCUUCUUCAUGCUUGGCUUCCAAGCAGUCAGUGUUAAAGGUUGAAUUAGAGGCUUCAACUCUCUCUUCAUCACUGAAGCCACCUGUAGCAACUAUGAUCUUAUUUGCUGGAGCUCCAAGAAGCUGUCCAUUUACAUCUGCCAGAGACAAGUGCACAACAAAUAGUUCAUGCAUCAUAAUGGUGUCAAGAUUGACUGGGCCCUGCAUCAUAUGCAGCAAUGAGGUGUUGCAGAAUGUUUCGGUCUGCCUUGACAGUUUUCACCUUUUCAGUUUUUAGAUCUGACUUCUUAACUUCAAACAAAGACACAAAUGUUAAAUACUUGUUCUUUUUAAGUUUGUCCCUGAACGAGACUCUCGCCCCUCCCCAGAUGGCAACAGCCUCUCAACAACAAAUGUAUCUAAUUGACUUUGACCUUUCUGUGGUGCUGUCAACAGCUCGCUUUCAAUAUCCUGCGUGGCCAAGUCUUUGUUUGCAAUGUGUUGCAGGGUCUGGGACAGGUUGGCAAAGAAAAGGCCAAACCUUUGCGUUUUUACUGGUUUAGGAAGUUGGUGCAUUUCAUUCAGGUAGAUAGUGCCCCACCGUGCAUAAUUGAUGUGGUUAUACCGCAUGAAAAAGGGCAACAUUUUCUGGAAUGCACAAAGGUGCAGAUCCUAGAUUCCAUCCCUCUGUGCACGAAUGAAUAAUGUUCGAGUUAUGUAGGAAGCCUGAUAAUAGUACAAGCAAAGUGUCCAGUUGUGUCAAGCCGCCUUAGUAUUUUAAAACUAGCCAUUUUGAUGCGAUCAUAGUAGUACCCCUAGCCUAAGUUUGGAAAUGUGUGCAUAUUAGCGCAUAUUUCAGUAGAUUAAGCCUCAUUUGCAUAUUUAAACAUUACAUUUAAGAAAACUUGUAAUACAAAAAAUACUUGUCUUAAUGUAAGACACCAACUGGGAAAGUUUUGUGGUGAUACAUAGAAGUUAAUUUUUUUUCCCUAUCUACCAGUAUUUUCUCGCCUGAGAGCAAGGCAUCCAUUUUUAAAUGAAAAUUCUGAGAAACUGGGGACCUAAAAAAAAAAAUGUUUACGGUGGAUUUGUAUUUAGGACCCUUUGAACUGUCUAAAAAUGCUGUAUAUCAAUUUUUCCUCAAAAAUGCAAUUGAUGCUUCAUCCAAUGUGUACGUGUCAAGUUUGGAAAUGUGUGCAUAUUAGCGCAUAUUUCAGUAGAUUAAGCCUCAUUUGCAUAUUUAGACAUUACAUUUCAGAAAACUUGUAAUACAAAAAAUACUUGUCCUAAUGUACGUGACAAACUGGGAAAGUUUUGUGGUGAUCCAUAAAGGUUUACAUUUUUACCCUAUCUACCAGUAUUUUCUCGCCUGAGAGCAAGGCAUCCAUUUUUGAAGGAAAAUUCUGAGAAACUUGUGACCUAAAAAAAAUGUUAUAUGGUGGAUUUGUAUUUAGGACCCUUUGAACUGUCUAAAAAUGCUGUAUAACAAUUUUUCCUCAAAAAUGCAAUUGAUGCUUCAUCCAAUGUGUACGUGUCAAGUUUGGAAAUGUGUGCAUAUUAGCGCAUAUUUCAGUAGAUUAAGCCUCAUUUGCAUAUUUAGACAUUACAUUUCAGAAAACUUGUAAUACAAAAAAUACUUGUCCUAAUGUACGUGACAAACUGGGAAAGUUUUGUGGUGAUCCAUAAAGGUUUACAUUUUUACCCUAUCUACCAGUAUUUUCUCGACUGAGAGCAAGCCAUCCAUUUUUGAAGGAAAAUUUGUAUUUAGGACCCUUUGAACUAUCUAAAAAUGCUGUAUAACAACUUUUCCUCAAAAAUGCCUACUGCCUCUUUUCUGAGGCCUUUUUUCAAUGUUUGGUCCAGACUAGUAUGGACUUGUGCAAGGGAGGAGCUCCUGACAUACUCAAGUGCUUGCAAUCCGAAAAAUGAUUCUUCAAAGUUUAGGUUUGUACAUUUGUUUUUUUAGGGAGCUGGGGUGUUUGACAUGAUUUUGCUUGUGCAUUUGGUACUUUCACUGUUCCCUAAUGCAGAUAUAGUUCAGUGCAUUCAUGUGGUUUACUGAUUUUAAGUUGUGUCAAGAACAGCGGUACUGAGAACUAAGUUCUACAUUGUUUCUUAUGUUAUUUACGCUUAUUUUUAUAAAACAUGGUGUGAACUGGAAAAACUUACAUGUAUUUUAAAAAAGCACUCGAGUGAAAGCACUCGUUUCUACUGUGUGGCCUGUUAGCUUAGCAAAACGUAUUGGAGAAUUUAGUGAAUUUCAAAAUGUUCAGUCCUCACCAAAUGUGUUUUUUUUUUUCACAGUAGAAAAUAAUAAAUGA